AUGGAGGAGGACGAGCUGGAGGGUGUGGAGGAGCUGGAGGCCGUGCUGCAGCUGGCCCCGGAGGUGCAGCUGGCCAUAGAGCAGGUGUUUCCCAGCCAAGAUCCACUGGACAGGGCAGACUUCAAUGCUGUGGAGUAUAUUAAUACUCUCUUUCCAACUGAGCAAUCUUUGGCAAACAUUGAUGAAGUUGUGAACAAAAUCAGACUGAAAAUAAGGAGGCUGGAUGACAAUAUUCGAACAGUAGUGAGAGGACAGACAAACGUGGGACAGGAUGGCAGACAGGCUCUUGAGGAGGCCCAGAAAGCCAUUCAGCAACUCUUCGGUAAGAUUAAAGAUAUCAAAGACAAGGCGGAAAAAUCAGAGCAAAUGGUUAAAGAAAUCACACGAGAUAUCAAGCAACUAGAUCAUGCCAAGCGGCAUCUGACCACCUCCAUCACUACCCUCAAUCACCUGCACAUGCUGGCAGGGGGUGUGGAUUCACUUGAGGCUAUGACCAGGAGGAGACAGUAUGGGGAAGUUGCCAAUCUCCUGCAAGGUGUUGUGAAUGUGUUAGAGCACUUCAACAAAUAUAUGGCGAUUCCACAGAUACGACAGCUUUCUGAAAGGGUCAAGGCUGCCCAAAAUGAGUUAGGACAACAAAUCUUGGCAGAUUUUGAAGAAGCUUUUCCUUCCCAGGGCACAAAGAGGCCUGGCGGACCCAGCAACGUCCUCCGUGAUGCAUGUCUAGUUGCUAACGUCUUAGAUCCCAGAAUCAAACAGGAAAUCAUCAAGAAAUUUAUUAAACAACACCUCUCAGAAUACCUGGUACUUUUCCAGGAAAACCAAGACGUCGCCUGGCUAGAUAAGAUUGACAGACGCUAUGCUUGGAUUAAACGUCAGCUGAUGGACUAUGAGGAAAAGUACGGGCGUAUGUUCCCGCAGGAGUGGUGCAUGACGGAGCGUAUCGCCGUUGAGUUCUGCCAUGUUACGAGGACAGAGCUUGCUAAGAUCAUGCGCACAAGAGCUAAAGAGAUUGAGGUGAAAUUGCUUUUGUUUGCCAUUCAGAGAACGACCAACUUCGAAGGGCUGAUGGCUAAACGCUUCUCGGGGUGCACUCUGGCUGACGGGACCAUGAAAAAGGCAGAGCUGCCACCUCCCUCCACCAACCCAUUUCUGGAAGAUGAAACUGGGACAGAGACAGACGAAACUGUGAUAGAGAAAGGUGAUAUAGACAGACCCAAGAAGCCGAAGGCCCCAGACAACCCGUUUCAUGGCAUCAUUUCCAAGUGCUUUGAACCUCACCUCUAUGUAUAUAUUGAGUCCCAGGACAAAAAUCUUGGCGAGCUGAUUGACAGAUUUGUCGCCGAUUUCAAAGCUCAAGGGCCUCCCAAGCCAAAUGUGGAUGAAGGGGGAGCUGUCCUGCCCAGCUGUGCUGACCUCUUUGUCUAUUACAAGAAGUGCAUGGUGCAGUGUUCACAGCUUAGCACUGGCGAACCCAUGAUAGCAUUGACCACCAUAUUUCAGAAGUACCUCCGGGAAUAUGCCUGGAAAAUUCUCUCUGGAAACCUGCCCAAAACAACCAGCAGCAGUGGCGGACUGACCAUCACCAGCCUGCUGAAAGAAAAGGAGGGCUCGGAAGUGGCUAAGUUUACUAUAGAAGAACUCUGUCUCAUCUGUAGCAUCCUGAGCACAGCAGAGUACUGCUUGGCAACAACCCAACAGCUUGAAGAAAAACUCAAAGAAAAAGUGGACGCAAGUCUCAUGGAACGAAUCAACCUGACAGGAGAGAUGGAUACAUUCAGCAUCGUGAUCUCAAACAGCAUACAGCUGUUAGUGCAGGACUUGGAUGCAGCCUGUGACCCGGCCCUUACUGCUAUGAGCAAGAUGCAGUGGCAGAAUGUGGAGCAUGUUGGCGACCAGAGUCCUUAUGUCACAUCCGUUAUUCUUCAUAUUAAGCAGAAUGUUCCCAUCAUCCGUGACAAUCUAGCCUCCACAAGAAAAUACUUCACUCAGUUCUGUAUUAAAUUUGCCAACUCCUUCAUUCCCAAGUUCAUCAACCACCUGUUCAAGUGCAAACCGAUUAGCAUGGUGGGGGCAGAACAGCUGCUGUUGGAUACUCACUCCCUGAAGAUGGUUCUCUUGGAUCUGCCUUCCAUUGGGUCCCAGGUGGUGAGAAAGGCUCCUGCCAGCUACACAAAGAUAGUGGUGAAAGGCAUGACGCGGGCGGAAAUGAUCCUGAAGGUGGUUAUGGCCCCUCAUGAGCCCCCGGUUGUGUUUGUUGACAAUUACAUCAAACUCCUUGCUGAUUGCAGCACAGACACUUUCCAGAAGAUACUAGACAUGAAGGGCCUAAAGAGAAGUGAGCAAAGCAGCAUGUUGGAACUGUUCCGCCAGAGGCUGCCCGCCCCUCCCUCGGGGGUAGAAAACACCAGCUCCAUGUCCCUGACGGCGCCCACGCCUGAGCAGGAGUCCUCACGAAUCCGAAAACUGGAGAAACUCAUCAAAAAGAGACUGUAGAUGAACAGAAGCAACAUCUGCCGCCCCCCAGCAACUUUGGCCAGGUCUUGUGCAGGCUCCCCAUUAUCCUACACUACGUCACUGAAAAAUAGCUGCCGAAUCAAUGCCACGCCCUGAGACGCAUUAACCGUAUUGCUCUGAAUGGAGAAGCAGCAUGAUUUUGGCAAGGGGUGAAUGCUUCCCAGGGCUCUGUGCCCUGGGGAUAGAUUAGCCGAGUGAAACCUGUCUCACUGGGGCUUCUCCAGGCCCACGGCUUCGAGGAGAUGCAGUGAGUUGAAAAUGGUUUAACUGAAUUACAUCCAAGGUUCGCCAGCUGCUCAUAUGAUGCUAGUCGCUCAGCGUCUAGCUGCAGUUCCCAUUUGGGGUCUCCCAGUGUGGCGUGUUGGACUCUGCCUUGAAAGUGACAAGACGACAUCCCUUCCCCAUCAUAGAGCUGCUUGUUUCUUUAAAAAUAAGAUUCCCUUAAAUCGCUGGCUUCUGGCCCCCGGGACUCUACCAAGCUUCUUAUAAAUGCCCAGGACACUGCAACAUCUCCCCUGUGCUGUGAGGGCAGAAGCGUGUGCUGAAGCUGUCAGUAAAACAGCAAGGAGAACCCUCUGUGGGAAGCAAGGAGGGAGUGAAAUCACUGCAUUCAGUGGUCAAAUCACACCUUACUGCUAACAAGCCAGCGGUCUCUGUUGCUUUUUCUGCUUUAAGGCCAAAUUCUACAUCUGCUGAAGCAGUCUCCAGCUUCUCAUUAUUUUCUCACGUGCACUGGACUACCCCGCCCUCUCUAACCCACACUAUACCUCUUCCCCUCCUCCACAAAGGGCUGUUCAUGGAAUAAGCCCUUGGAAGCCAAGCAUCAAAUGGUGCUAUCCCACCAUGCUUGUGGCCUCCUGUUUCAUGCCAGCUGGAGCCCAGAAUGUGGGUGUGCCACUUUGGCACCAUUGCUGCCCUGAAGGCAGAGCCGCUGGAAAUGUUAGUUUUAAUUAUAGGCCUGCUGCUGCCAGGAUUUCUUCACAGGAUGGAACUCUCUCACUGGCUUUAAAUUUAAAGGACCUGGUUCUCCUCUCACUUACGCUGUCACAACUUGGACUGAGUGGCUCCAGAUUUGCACUGGAAUAUCUGAGGGGAGAAUUGGGCCCCAAAUCUCACAACGCAGCUUGUUUUAAAGUAACCAGAAUUGCAAUCCGAUUCCCAUUGGAGUCAGCAGCAAGAUGCUCCUUGAUAUCAGUAAUAGCAGGAUUUGUGUUGCUGGAUCUAAAUUGUAAAGUGUUUGUGUGAAAAGUGCUCAUCUUGGCACAUGCUUGCCUGAGAAGCCUUAACUGAGUGACACAAUCACCUCAUUAUCACCACUGGAUUUCUUCCCAAACCCCCUGGCAACCUCUCCAUGUGGUUCUAAAGGUGUGUUUCAGACCAGCUGAUGAUACAAGACCACAGGGAUUUUGAUGGCGGGAGAGUUCACGUGCAGCUUCCGUAUUGUAAUCCAGGCUUUCCUACCCAUUCUGCAGGAGGCACGUGCAUGCAGUGUUUGUGUCAGGUGAGGAGUCACUGCAGCUGACUAGCAGUCAUCUCAGGAGAAUCGCACUCCACGGCACAUCAGGCUUGCUUCUAAUUCUAGUAUUGAUUUGGGGGCCACUGUCAAUACAGGUUGGUUAGUGUUUGCAGCCACUGUUCAGGGAUAUAUAGUUCAUGUCAGGGAGAGAACACUCCAGAUCAAGUACAGAUUUAUUUAACCAAACUCCACACACACAAACCUGUGUCUAAAAUUAAAAACCCUGCAGCGUUUCAGUGACACCAAAUGAGAAAUGUCCUUGUUGAGACUGAAAAUCUGGCCUGACUUUGCUUCAUGUUCAUCUUUUUUGCACUGUUUUGUCCUCUAUCACUCCACCUGCUCCUUCCCGGGGGGCGCGGAAGAUGGACACGACACGCGCACACACACACACACACGCACACACUGUGGCUUCUGUGCUCAUAGCUGAGGAGACUGGUGGUAGCCCAUGCAAUGGUGGGGGAUUUGUUUAAAUCCUGUUACAAGUAGGAUAGAGAUCUGUUAGAAGCUGGAUGUAAUAAAAAAAACCUGAACCAAACUCUGUUCAAAUAACUGAUGAUGGUUGCAAUACGUGCAAUAUUCUGCAUUACUGCAUUUCCUUUACUGAUAGCUUAUUUGUUGGGCGCUAAAUGAAGAUAACUAUUCAUGUUCCUGAGCAUUAACGCUCCUGUCCCUCCUCGAAAGACCUUUAUUGAUGUCUAGGUCUUGAACAAAUCUAAUAUUCAUGCUCCAUCCCUGCCUUGUUUCCUUUGACAUAAUUUGCUAAUUUCCAGCAUGUGGUAAGGCAAGCUGCUGAAGUUCCUACCUUCUCUGGAUCUGGCUCAUUCCCAGCAUUCAGUGGUUGGGGUGACCCUGUUCCUGUCAUAGGUUUUUAAAAGUGGAAUCAGAGAUGAAUGUUUUGGAAAAGGUCCCAUAACUUUCCUUCACUUCCCUUUAACAUCCCCAAGUAUCAUUCUCGUAUGAUUAUAGGCCAGCUUUGAACAGUUCUGUUGGAAUAAGAAGUUUUGUUUUGUUUUGUUUUUUUGUAUUGGCAAAUAAUAUAUUAAGCCUGCAUUUUCCAAAGUCAUUGGUGAUUUUUGGAUUUCUGGCUUGAGGCACCUUCGGUGGGCCUGAUUUUCAGAAGUUGGAUGUUUCAUGCCCUUGAAAAAUCAGGCCCCCGUUAAGGUGACUCGAGUCAGGCACCCAAUCGCUAGUCAUUUUUGAAAACGUAGGCUCCAGUGUUUUCCCUUAUCAGCUCCGUGUGAGUGAGAUAGUAGAUUCUAUGCCUGGGCUGGUAAUGAUAAUAGUGAUUUUUCCAAGACUGAUAAAUCAGCCUGUGUCCUAAUAGUUUAUGAACCGAUAGACUGAUUACAGUAGAAUUGGUAAAUCAGCAGAUAAAAUCAUUUGUAUCUGACCAAAAUUGUUAAGAACUGACACUUACAUGAGAGUUGAGAUAUUGUAACACCUUCAUUAACCUUGUCUACACCAGGAAAUCUUUACAAAAAACUCCUACAAUUGAAACUGGUUCGAAUGGUGUGCUGGUGUUAAAAUGCUGGGAGUCCUAGUGGAGGCAGCUGGUGGAGGCAGCCGGGCAUGUACACCAGGGAGUCCUGUAUCGCUAAGCAUGCACCUGAAACGGUGGUAGUGGGAGGAAUUUUUGUAAACUUGGCUAAAAGGGGUGACAACAAGCUCCAGUUAUGUGAACUUCUGAAACCUUAUCAGAAAGCCUGUUGGAUCACACCACUUCCCCAGGUGCCGAUUAUUGUUUCUGUCACUUCUGCUAGUUUUACAACCUGCGUUCUCAGGGAGUGGUGUUUGCACUUCAUACCGAUCAGUUUACAAAAGACAGCCUAAGAAAAGAGGGUGUGUAGGCUGCCUUUCCUGAAGAACAAAUAAUUAAACCCAAUGUGGGUUAUUACUAGUUAUUACCAAAUGCAGUAGCCAAGCCCUAUGGGAAUGCAGGUUGUUUGCAUAGAUUCAUUAUCUGCGUGCUGGACUAGUAACUUCACUUUAUUUUUUUCCUCACAAUGAAAAUUAGCAAUAGCGUGGUCAGUGCUGUAAUGUACUGUGUGGGGAUGAAAUCUGAACUAUUUCCAUGUUUCUUUACCCGGAAGACUCCUACAUUGUUGUUCUCUGCCAUUCAGAAUUCUAGAGAUAAAAGGAAAGAUUAACAAAAACAAUAAAUAAAUAAAAUCAGAAGAAUGUUAGAAACCCAGGCGCAUUGAAUUGUACCCUGUAAAGGACAUGUUUGCAUUUGUCUCCCUUGAUUUGAAAUUUUCUUCUCUUGUUCUUGUGUAUUUAUCAGAGUGGACGCGUCUGAAAGUGUAAGUGUCAGCUGGCUGAGUUGUACAUUUUCUGAGGAUAAAGGAAUUGUGUUUCUGUAUGAAAUAUCUUGUUAUGUUUUCUGUCCAGGAAGUAAUUUCUUGAUGUAUAUUGGAGUGUGACACUAAAGCUAAUUAAAUCAUUACUAACGACCCUCUUCUA